GUAAUUCUCAUAUUAUGGUGUAACAGAACUCCGAUUUCGAUGUCCUCUUUUACGUCACUGAAUACACCAUUCCACAAAGAAUGGCGUGUAUUCAGUGACGUAACUACCUCAAAAUACAGUAUUGUGCAUUUAUGAUUCAAACGAAGGAGAACGAAAAAUCUCAAGCUGGAGACAAAAAUCGUCGAGCACGAGCAAGCCAUAAACAUGGUUCAAUUCAAGAACCUAAAGGAUGAGAUAACCCGCACUCAGACGACUGAGUCAGAGUUGCGCAUGAAAUCCCUCGCUGAGCGUGAGAUGGGCCGCCUGAAGCAGGACAUCGCGCAGCUGGAGGUGGAAACGGAAAGACUGGGGAAGCAGAGGGAGGAACAGAAGAGGGCCGUCCUGAGAGCGGCCCAAAAGGUAAAGGAGCUGGAGCGGGAGCAGGCGCAGGGCCAGGAGGUGCUAGAGUCCCUGCGGCAGGACGCCGUCCGAGGAGAGGAAGACCACGCCGUCCUGAUGAAGUGCAUGCAGGAGGACGAAUGCAGGACCGUCAAUGACCUCCUCCUGAGAAUGGAAAAGCAGAACAUUGAGGCCAGGCAGAGACAUGAGGCCAUGGAUGAGGACUGGGAGAGAACAGCUACUGCAGAGCUGGAGUGGGAGAGGACGGAGGAGGCUAUUUGCCAGUUGUGCAAAGAGAGGGAGGAACUGACCAGGCACUGGCAGACCAGUGUCAGUCACAUGACCAAGAGGCAUCAGGACAUGGACCUGUGUAUCAUGUCUCUGUCUUUGGUGAAGGAGGAGGUAAAGGAGAGGGGAGAGGCAGUAAAGAUGGUGAGGGAGACUCUGGACAGCUUGUGGCGGAGGAACGCGGAGGCUGGCCGGUGGGUGGAGACUGUGAGCCGGCAGGCGGCUGAGAUGAAGUGGGGGUCUGGAGAGCAGGAGAGCCGAAGCACUGUGCUGUAUGGUGAGUGUAAGGUCCUCAAGUGUGCCGUUGACCGGACCAACGCAGAGGUGAAGAUGGCGCAAUCCCUCCUGGCUGAGCUGACAACAAAUGUGCACGCCAACAAGAACAGGCUGGAAAAGGCCAGGCUCCACAGUGCUGCCCUAGAGGAGGAGCUAAAAACUGAGAUGGAGGUGGUGGUCAGAGCAAAGGAGGAGGCAGAGCAGGCAGAGCAGGAGGUGAAGAAGGAGGAGAAAGCCAGCAAGGAUGCUGAUGCCAGGUUUUAUGGGCACCAGGAGGUGCUCGCUCGGAAGGCAGAGCAGCUGCAGGCCCUGAAACGGGAGGAGAAAGAGCAGCAGGCGGAGGUUUCGGCUGGGCGUAGCGCUCUCUCCACAAUGAGCCGCCAGCAGCAAGAGAUAGAAAGGAUCCUCAUCAGGAAAAAGGAGGCUGUGUACAAGCAGGACUCCCAUAUGGAGCUGCUGGAGAGGAGGAUGCAGGAGCUGAGUGCAGGAGAGGGCAGGAAGCUGGUGGAGCUCUUGAAGGAGGAGGCAGCACAGGUCUCCAUGUACAUGGAGGAGAGGAAGAGGACCCUCUGCUUUCAGCAUGGGGAGCAGCAGAAACUGGAGGGGGAACUUCGCCUCGCGAAGCGAGACGCAGAGAAGCUGGCAUCGGAGAGAAAGAGCCUGAGCUGUAAAGUGGAGGAUCUGGAGCUGAUCACUGCAGCCACUGAGAGGGAGCUCAGUGAGAUCACAGGGGAGAGACUGGAGUUUAUGGUGAAGGAGAACCUGCUGAAGCUGGAAGUGAAGCAGGCCAAUGACAGGCUUCAGAGCAAGAAGGACAGGAUUGUCUCCCUAGAAAAGCAGAGGUUGCUACUAGAGGCGGAGUUUAAGGGGAAGGAGGCAGAGCUCCACCUUCAGAAGGAGGCGGUCCAGAGGCAAAUUAAACAAGUAACCCAGGGAUGUCAGAAGACCAGGGCUGAGUGGAACAGGCAGCGAUGUAAAGCUCAGAAGCUGCAGAAAAAGCACGAGGCCAUCGCUGUGUUCACCGUAUGCCUGGAGGGAGAGGAAGUCUCUCUGCAGCAGUAUCAAGAUGAGGUGAAGAGGCAGAGAGAGGAACUGAAGCUGAAGAAAGAGGAACUAAACAGGAAGCAGGCCACGAAGCAGAGGGAGGUCAUGGACCUGAAGAACAAGCUGUCCGCAGUCAGAGGAAAGUGUGAAGAGAGGAAGACUCUGGAGCAGACACUUUGUGUGAUGCAGGACAAACAUACCCAAAAGGCCAGCCAUGUGAAGGAGCUCAAAAAGCGUAUUAAGGGCAUGAACAUGUCUCUGGAUUUACUGCUCCAUGAGGAGAGGGAGGUUCUGCAGAAACGUUCUCUGCUCCAGGAUCUGCGCUCUGAGAUGCACGCCCAGGAAGAGGAGCUGAGCCAGACCCUCAAAUUGUGCUCUGAACUGGCCUCCAACAUCCGUUCAGAGAUGGUAAACAGUGACAAAACCGAGGAGGAGGACAUGGACUGGCAUGAGCUACAGGAGUUCUCAGAGACAGCAGUGAUGUUGCUCCUAGAGGUCAUGGACAAUUACCCUGACCUCAGAUCAGUCCUGAAGGCACUGUUUAUGGAGAGGGGUCUAACCCUGGACAGGCCCAGUUCGGGGUGGGAUAGCCAGCAGAGCGGAGAGUCGGCGUCUACACGCAGCUGGGACUCUUCAGACAGGUCCUCCAUUGUUCUGCUCUUCACCCUGGGGAGUAAUUUUGGCUGUCAGGAGACCCGCAAUCACUUGCGCCUGAGACCGCGUCCCCCUGCUGGAAGACGUGAAGCUGCAGGGAGGAGGCUCUGCGGGAGUAGAGCUGCCCUCCACCAGCAGCGAGCCUCGUCUGACCUUCCUCCCUCUCCCCCCUGGUGUGUGAUGUCAGCCGCAGUCACAGACCGUCGCGUGGCUCUCCUCAGAAACACCAGCGCGUGUUUCUCGCCUCUCCCUGCGGAACAUGCGGCUGAGCUGCGGGGUCGCCGCGCUGCAGGAGAACACCGCAUACGCAGCUGGAGCGGGGAAACUGCGGACGCCAUGCGAUGCGGGGAGAAUCCAACCAACCGAAACCCUCCUCCCCCGUAUCACUACAGUUAUGCAGUGCCCUGCAGGGCCAUUGACCUGGUCUGGACACCAUACCUGGCUGCACGCUGGGGUAGUGUCAGACGAAUGGUAAACAUUAAGGCUCUGUCGAAAUUCUAAAGAUUUAGACUCUGUCUAAAUUACUCAGUAAAGCACGUCAUUUUUAGCACGUCAAGUUCCUAAAUGCAAUGUUAUGUGUAUGCAAUACUGACCUGCCUAGCAACCCCAACAGAGGCUGAUUUCAUAACAUGAAACAGACAUGCAGAGAUAUAUUAAAUUAAUCUCCAUUUCAGUGACAUAUUGGUUUCUUUGAGUGACCUCUACACUUUCCUGCUCUAUAAGAAUUAGUGCACUAAUUAUCUCCGAAGAUUGUCUGAGUAUGGGGUCAGCUCUGACUGGCUUUUAAGGCCCACCUGUGGGUCAAAUUCAGAUUUACUGAAGAUGUUUCUCAUAUGAAGGUGUUGCACUUCUCAGUAGUUCCCCAUUUGAGUUAAUGACAUCAUCGACAUUGUGCAGAAUAUGAUUGGAUAAUGUCUGUGAAAUCUCCUUGGUGAAGUCCACUGGAUGUCCUGUUAAGAAGAUAACCCAGCCAGAUAUAAACCUCACAGAAUUCCCUCCCCGUACCCAUUGCACUCACAGUUAUUUCUGUCAGUGAUCGUGCUGUUUUAAAAAAAAUACUUUUCAGUACAAUGCCUUGUACUUUUAACAUGCCAAUAAAAGUGAAUUUGAAUUUUAUAGGGAGCCCCUGUCAGCUGUUUAGGAGGGGUGUUGUUGCUGUGUAGAUGAGAGUAGCAGCAGAAUCCUUGUUAUUAUUGGGGAGGUUCAGCAAAGCCAAGUUGAGUCUUAUGAAGGCAGAACAGAAUCAGCCCUAUUCUCUCACUCUUCAGCAAUCAGAUGAGGGCGGGACUCAGUGAAAAGGCCUCAAUCGCCAAGAAGGGACAGAGGAGCUGAUGGUGCUAUUUAAUUGGCUCAGUAGCCCAUCAGUUAGAAAUGCCCACAGGCACUUAGUAUAUAUGAAAACACUAAAACUUAAUGUGAUCAUUUUAAAACAGUAAUGGGACUGAACUUAACAUCCAGAUGCAAAACAUUACAGGUUAGUGACUGAGAGGGCCAUUAUGUACAGCCUGUAUACUGUAGCCAAUUACAUACUUAAGCUUCUCAUAAUGCUACCCGCUCCCCACUGCCAACCCAGCAAAGGCUAGCAACAACAAAACAUCUCUUGAUGAGUGUAAAAUGUAGCAAAGCAUCCAGUGUGAACUUCAAGGUCAACAGAUGGAGUGUUCAAAAUGUCACAAAAAUUCUGUUUCACCAAAUCAACUUUAACAGACCCCUAACUCUCCCUUUCCAGUGGAUCUGCAGGACAUUCGCAGUCAUGGUGGAAGCCUAUUUGGGUUCUGCUCAGUGGAUCAGAUGUGAGAUCAAAUGUGAGAUGUGAAACGUGAGAUGUGAGGCUGGCUGUUUUUGGAGAGCCCCGCCCCCUCCAAUGUCAGAGCAUGGCGUCGCCAUUCAAAACGGAGGUGGCCAUGCUUAGGCGAAACACUGGGAAACCCAGGGUUGCUGAGCAACACCAUCAUUUCUUCCAUCCUUUUAUUCCCGUUGCCGUGGCAGGUCCUGACCCCUCCCUCUUCAAAAGAGCCCUGACUUCAAAUGGUAAAUUACAGCUUUGGGGUCACAGCCCAGCUGAGGCAAUGAGGUAUCUAUCAGCACGUGUACUAUUUCUCUCUUUUUAAAUAAUGAUUACAUAAUGAUAAAUACUGUAGGAGAGGACUGGUAUGAAGGCUCUACCACCUGGGUUCAAAAUAUAGUCUACAGAAAUGACUGUAUGUCUGUAGAUAAUAGAAACAUGGAACAAAAGAGAGAGAGAGAGAGAGAGAGAGAGAGAGAGAGAGAGAGAAACUCAUUGAAACUCCUUUAUUUUAGCCACUGAGGGCAUCAAUAGGUCUUCUGAACAUAUAGAUGUUUUACAGACAAAUACAGACAAAGGACAGCCUCUGUACUCUGCAGCAACACACAAUUUUAAAGAGAGAGUAAGAAAACUCCAAAAAAUCCCCAUCCUCUUAGGAGAGUAAAGGAAGUGCAGGGCACUGGCUUUCCAUAUUUAUUUUUUUAAAUAAUUACUUUAUUAUGUAUUAUUAUAUGAUUAUAUUUUUCAUCAUCAUCAACAUCAUAAUCAUUACUGUAAUUAUUAAUAUUGAUUUUUUUUAAAUGCACUCUAUUAAUU